GACUCAGCAGCUGGCACGCGCUCCACAGAGCAGGAGUUUUUAAACAAGUCUGUCGUCCUGCUGCGCGCGCUCUCUUGGAUACUUAUUUUACAAACUUCGUGUCAAAAUGUUUUUCAGUCACACUAGCGACCUCAGCCUCGACUAAACCCGCCAUGUAGCGUAAGCGCUCGCGCUGAACGGAGCUCUGUGGGACUUUUUUUUACGGGAUCUUGCUGUUCGGGAGCAGCAGAGCGCGCUGCUCGGAGGUCUGCUGUGCGGGACUCGGGGAGCGCCGCGGCGGACAGGACACCAUGCUCCGGCCGUUGGGUGCGCUCUGGAUCACGGCUGUGCUCCUGUGCAUGGCGGGGGCACAGUACUCCAGCGACCAGUGCAGCUGGAGAGGAAGUGGUUUGAGCCACGAGUCUCACCGCAGGGACGUGGAGCAGGUCUACCUGCGCUGCUCUCAGGGCUCUCUGGAGUGGCUCUACCCCACGGGAGCCAUCAUUAUCAACCUGCGGCCAAACACAGAGCCCCCAUCAGGACACGUGGCAGGUCUCCAUGUGUGCAUCAAACCCCACCCUCUCUCCCAGGGCUCUCAUGUGUUUCUGGAGAAUAACGGGGACCUGAGGAUGCUGCUGGCAGAGAAGGACCAGGCUCAGGGCACAGUGACCUGCUUCAGCCUGGCAGAGGGGGCUCUCUUUGUGGAGUCCGUCCCCCAGGCAGACAUCAGCCGGAGGAUCACGGCUUUCCAGUACGAGCUGGUGCCCAGUCAGGGUCCCGGGGCACACAUGUACCCGUACCUGCACCCUGGUUUAGUUACCUGUAAACCCUGUUCAGGUGAAGAGGUCCUUAUGGCAGUGUGUACCAGUGACUUUGCUGGCAGUGGCAUCUUUCGAGGUGUGGGAUCUAAAAACCGCUCCCCUGCUGCGGUGACUCUGAGUCGGCUGUUCCGCCAGAAGAGCAGGGUGUUUGCUCGGGGGGGAGCCAGGAAGCGGGGCUGGGGGGGACGCAUCAAUGUUCCCUCACAAUGCAUCGGGCACCCUGGAGGGGACGAGUACCUUCUGACUGGCUCCGUACAUUUUGGUGAAGCCUGGCUUGGCUGUGCACCUCGAUACAAAGACUUCCUGAGGCUGUACAUCAGAGCACAGAGAGCCGGAACAAACCCCUGUGAAAUAGACACAAACGGAGAAAUCUCUUCUGGGUGAAACAAGGUGAAGCACAUCUCAAACAAGUCAGUGAGGAAGACGCAAAGAGGAACAGGCUUGAGAUUUUGAGGAUGUAGAGACGGUAUGUUUGAGCCUGUCACAGUGAUACACAGAAAUACGGACGCCCUGCCAUCUUUAAAAGCUAAGUCUGAAAACCUGAGCAACUUGUCAGUUGGACAGUUUGAACCUUUUAGUAGCCACCGUGCUGCAAGAACUAAAUUGUCCCGUUUGACUGUAUACUUCUGUGUGCUCAAUGUUGUUUAUUCUCAUAACGACAAUACUGCUUGUGUGAUCAUUCUUGAAAUGAUUGUUUGCUUUGUAAAAAGCUUUCUGUAAAAUGUAGAAAUCUUCUGACAGAAGUGUACAGUAUGCAGCUCUGUGAGUCUUUAAGUGUGUGCGUGUGUGUUUUGCAAAUUAUUUCAAAUGGUUUCUAUAUAUUUACAAAAAAUAAAAAGCCAUUGAAAGGUGUAAUCAUUAAAACCA